AUGUCCUCAUCUUCGUCCUCGUCCUGGCAAGACCGCCGCUUCAUGUUCCCUGCGGGCCGUGAAGUCCACGAAAGCACCGCCCGUCGCCUGUCGGGCUCCUCCGGCAGCGACAAGACCGCCGACUCACCCAUCCUGACCAAUGCCACCCCUGCCGCCGCCGCCGCAGCCGCCGCUGCCGGGGCCACACCAGCUCUUCCCGACUACCCGGUCGUAGAGAGGAAGGUGUUGUCCAACCCCGACGCGUGGGGCGGCGACCGACGAUUCAUGGGUAUGGCGGGGAAAGAGGUGCACGAACCCUCGAGGAGGUUGAGCGGGUCGAGUGCGGCCAAGCCGGCAGACGUUCUGCCCAAAGCCAGCUCGCCCCCUGCGACGAGCUCUGGGGGAGGCAUUGCAGCGGCCAUUGCCGGACGGAGACGGUCCUCUGCUUCCAACCAGGGUGGUAUCUUCUCCGGCCUCAUGGCAAACCGAGACGUUCACGCCGACCGACGACAGAGCUGGGAAGACAUGAAGAAGCCAGAAGGUUUCAGCGGGUUCUUGUCUGGACUGGUCAACACGAAGCCCGCCGACAAGAAGUAA